UGAGUGAUGAAUCUGAUGUGUAUCAGUGAUGAUAAUGCAGCUGUAGUGUAGUAGAAAUAUUUUAUCAUUUACUUUAAACAUGAACAUCAGCUUCUGUUCACGCCAAAACUUGUCAACCAACUAACCAUGUGACCUUUUGAACAUAUGUUGAUGAUGCAACCUUGUGACCGUGUGACUGAUCAUUGUUGAUGAGGCCUUUCUUCUUGAUUCAAUCAAGAGGAGGCAAGGCCUUUAAAUGCAGAGAGAACACACUUAUCGUGAGACCUAGUAGGCCACCGCCCUAAGUGGUGUGCUGCGCUAGGUCUCCGGCCGUAGUCUUGAACUGUUUGUUAGCUAAUAAAUGCCUUACCAUGCUUUAUAAUCUCUGAAACUGCCUUUGUUUGCAUGAUACUUAAUUUUCUUAUUUCAUUUGGCGCUGCGGAGCAAGGGUCCUCAAUCUCUGAGCGGAUGGAAACCAAACGUCGCCAUGGAGGCCACAAGAGUCAGAUUUUUUUUGGGAGAGAGAACUUGGUCUGCUGGCGGCGUUUGGGGCCCAUCGUCAGGAAGCAGGACAUACGAACCAUGAGCAGAUAGAUGGCAGUCAAGGGACCUAAAGUGUGCCUGUAUAAGUGCCGUAUUGGAGAGGAAGGCUUCAGAGCUCUUGCAUCAGCACUGAGAUCAAACCCCUCACACAUGAGAGAGCUGCAGCUGAGUGAGAAUAAAGCAGGAGACUCAGGAGUGAAGCAUCUUUCUUCUCUUCUGGAGGAUCCCAACUGUAAACUGGAAAAACUACACCUGGAUGGCUGCAGUAUUGGAGAGGAAGGCUUCAGAGCUCUUGCAUCAGCACUGAGAUCAAACCCCUCACACAUGAGAGAGCUGCAGCUGAGUCAUAAUAAAGCAGGAGACUCAGGAGUGAAGCAUCUUUCUUCUCUUCUGGAGGAUCCCAACUGUACACUGGAGAAACUACACCUGGAUAACUGCAGUAUUGAAGAGGAAGGCUUCAGAGCUCUUGCAUCAGCACUGAGAUCAAACCCCUCACACAUGAGAGAGCUGCAGCUGAGUUAUAAUAAAGCAGGAGACUCAGGAGUGAAGCAUCUUUCUUCUCUUCUGCAGGAUCCCAACUGUACACUGGAGAAACUACGCCUGGAUAGCUGCAGUAUUGGAGAUGAAGGCUUCAGAGCUCUUGCAUCAGCACUGAGAUCAAACCCCUCACACAUGAGAGAGCUGCAGCUGAGUUGGAAUGGAGCAGGAGACUCAGGAGUGAAGCAUCUUUCUUCUCUUCUGGAGAAUCCCAACUGUAAACUGGAGAAACUAGACCUGAUGUACUGCAGUAUAACAGAUGAAGGUUUCAGAGCUUUAGCAUCAGCACUGAGAUCAAACCCAUCAGCCCUCAGAGAGCUCCUUCUGUAUGGGAAUCAGCCUGGACCCUCAGCACAGCAGCUGUUCUCUGAGCUGAAGACACAUCCAAACUGUAAACAUCUACAAAUAUAUGGACUCUAAUGAAUCCAUCUUGUUGUGUUCCACCUGAAUCAUGUUUUUACACUGUGCAUAAAUAAGUGUUGCAGCACAUUCAUAUGUGAAGUUAUAUGUUUUAAAGUGACUUAUGUAAAUAUGAAAAUUGUGAGUAAUAUUGUAUAAAGAAUGUUUUCAAUAAAAACACAUGGUAACAUGUUAAGUUGA